AGGAGGGGUUAGGAUUGUGCAACCCAUCCAAAGGUCAGAUCAAGAAGCCCUAUGGUUCAUCUGGUACAUUAUAUACACCACAAUUUCCGAUCCCAUACCCAGAUGACACCACCUGUAUUUGGACAAUCACUGCUCCAUUUGGGAAAAGAGUUAAAUUGAUGUUUGAGAAAUUCAGUCUCCCCCAAGCCCCUUAUUUCCUUGAAGAGCCGCAUGCUGAUGGUGAAUAUUGUGGUUAUGAUGAAUCCAUGGGUGCAGAUCUUGUGGAGAUACGGGAUGGUCCAUGGCCUGACAGCAGACUACUAUGGCAUUUAUUGUGGCUACAAGAUGCCUUUUGAUGUCUUUUCCACUGGGCGCUACUUGUGGGUUAAGUUUCGUUCCAUUUCUGAUGGCAAGACGAGUCGUGGUAUCAAAGCUCCUUUUGAAGCUGUAGACCCCAGUAAGUUAGCUUUUGUCUUUUAUGGCAGUUUUCAAUUUACUUACCGAAGUGAUCUGAGUCAACUGUCAAUCAUAACAAAUGUUUGCGUCAUCGUGCCAAUGAGGACUAAACGAAAAAACAAGCAAACUACUAAAAGCGCGGUAACACGCGAUUGGUUUUCGUUUGCAGGCUGUUUGGUUAGUAAGAAGAUGGCUCGAGUUUUCUGGAGCAAUUCAUGACCUAAGUAGAGCAAACCCAAAGCAAUAUCGGAUUUCUUUCGACACUCACUCAAUCGAAAAUUGUUCUAUGAUCAUGAUACCUAGCUCUGUUUGUUUUUUGUUUGUUUGUCAGAAAAAUGAAAUACAUUUUUUAGGAUCGUACAAAUGAGGGACCUUUGGGAAAUUUUCUUUUCUUAAAAAUUGAUACAGUUAUGACAUGCGCGUUUUUUUUAAUGUUUGUUGAAUUCAUUUUUACUUUAUCCAAUUAACAAAAGCAUCUUCUGGCUUUACUCUAGCAUCAUUGAAGUUUAUCUGUGUAUCUUAGAAAGCUUUGUUUUAAAUCAGUUUAUAGGAUAGAUCGCGCAAAAGAUUUACAAUAACUGUCCCAUGUAGGAAAUACUGAAUUUUCAUUUCAUAGCGAAGCUCGCAGCGCGGGAAGCACACGCAGCGAAGCCCCAUACUUACAAAAAGUGGUAAUACAGCUGAUUGGGAUUUUUUCUUCCCGCUCUUAGUUGUCAGCGAGGAGCAGUGCUUACCUGGAAACACCCAAAAUGUAAAUCUGAAACUGACUGGAUUAGAAGGAACGCUGCAAAGUCCUCUGAAGUACUAUCCACUCAAUAUGAAUUGUGAUUGGCUAAUCACUGUGCCAGAUGAUAGCUUUGUGAAACUCAGUUUUGAGAGAUUCGACUUGGGCUUAGGUGGUUGCAAUGGUGAGGAUUUAAGGGAUUAUGUGGAGGUUCUGGAUGGCAAAGAUCUUGACAGCGAAAGCAAAGGAAAAUUUUGUGAUCGCACAUUUCCACCCAUUAUUCGGUCGAGUGAUCGACAUAUGAGAGUAGUUUUUAGAUCCGACGGAUAUGGACCAUUUUACACUGGAUUUAAAGCUGCGUUCACAGCUGUCGAGAAAAAGAGUGAGUUUGGAAUGGGAAUUUUUUUAUUGGAUAGCAUUGUAGUUUUCAUUACUGCUGAUCGAUGUGGAUCACAUAGAUUGGAUUGCAUUUUGUUUAUUUUCAUUACAUAUAAUUCAAGGCCCAGAUGUUUGCUGCGUGGAUAAUGCUAUUUAAUACUGGAUGACACGCCAUCUCCUAGAUAUAUGAUAACAAAACUUCUCGCGCUAACCUCCGGAUGGAGAUUUACUCAGUGGAUAGCGUUAUCCAAACUGCCAACAACUGUGGCCCGUUGUUCAUUUUAUUGUCGAAAAUAAUUUAGGAUUUCUCUGGUUUGUCUCACUACGCUUUUGAUUCGUCAAGAAACGUCACGUUAUCCUCUCAGCCAAUCAAGUUAAAAUCCUGACCAGAUCACGUACGUUAUCCUGCGCUUGGGGCUUGAAGUUCUCAAAGUUAUGACUCAUAUCUUAGGGUAAUUUUGGUUUCCUUGAGCUUGUGAGGAUAGCGUACCUUUCUAUUUAAGAUGAAAUCAAAGGCACUAAGUCUUAAACUAUGCUGCAAAUUUGUAACAAAACCAAAAUAUCGAGAGCUCACUUUAUUCAGUGGUUUUAUUCAGCUGCACGUUGCUCCAAGCGAUUUGAAAAAAUAAAUUUAUAUUUAUAGUUGAGGGUAUUUGCCACGCCGUAAGUGGUAUAAAUGUCUGCAAAAAUUGUCAAUUGUGGAUAGUUGUUUCAGCAUUAAUUCGACUAACUUGAAAAUUUCACUUCAUCAGGUUAGUUUUACCUCUUGACUUACCCGGUUCCUUGCUUCAAGGAAUAUGUUUAGUAGUGGUGUAUAAUGUAUCUCGAUCACUAUUUUGUGAUAGAGUGUAUGUCUCAUCUAAAGUUUAUAGCUCACAAGAUAAUCUGGUUCUAUCAACUGAGUUGAUAUGUAUACCGGCCACUAUAGAUGGUUUCUAAAGCUGCCGUUUCGAGCGUUAGCCCUUUCGCAGAGCGAAUGACGAGCUCAAAGGCUAAUUGAUGUUUUCUUCUCUAUUUGCAGAUACCACUGUACAGUUGCAUUUGACCAUCGCGGUCGUCGUUCUCAGUGUGAUUCUUCUCAUGGUGGUUGCCUGCUUACUCGUGCAACGUUUAAAGCGAAACAAAAAGCCUCGCAAUGAAGCCGCCAGAGGUACAGUUCAUAUGUCAACAGUCGCAAGGUCAGAUUCUGCAACUGAACUCGCGGGAGUGACCGAGCACUCUCCUCCCUCUACCCCUCGCGUUCCUGUUGCCCCAUCAGCAAACUCUCCCAGACCCCGACCAGUUGGUUAUACUCCGGUGCCGACGGCCCCAAAUCUUCCACCCUCAGAAGGCCCAAAUUUGGUAGAUCUACCGCCAGCGUACCCUACAGAUGAACAGAUUCCGCAGUAUCCGCCCUCAGGGGAAUCAUAUCCAUGGCAACAGACUCAAGCGUCGGCAGACCGCGAGAGUACAUUUCGAACGCUUCCCUUUGUUGUUAGAAACGAACAACGCUUUUAGGAUCGUUACUCAAACAUAUUUCAAUUCCGAGCAUACGAUCGAUUUCUGUGUAGUCAAAGUCUUCAUGGUAUUGUUAGAAACCAAGAAAAAGUUUCUCAAGCGUACGAAACGUCCUUGAGUAAGAAACGAUUACAUACCAAACGAACAACCCUGCAUUUUGUUGUUGGAAACGAACAACGUUUCCCUUUGUUUUUAGGAACGAACAACGCUUUAAGAAUCUUCAUGGUGUCGUCGGAAACAAAGAGCGCUUUAGUGGUAAAAAUUUCUCAACGUUAUUGCCUAUUAGCAGUCUGAAAUUCAGAUCUUUUUAAUAUUUGUUUCUUCGGGCGACUUGACUCUUUUUUUCGGGCGACAUGACUGAAGUUUCGGGCAACAUGACUCAGGUUUCGGGCGACUUGACUGUCAACCUCUGCAGUUAUCACAUUCUUCAGUGACUCUCUUAACUAUGAUUUAGCAUUACAUUAGUGAAACUAACUAUUUAUCCAAGCUGUACCUUGUAAGAAAGAGAGGAAGGCUCUAAACCUCCCAAAAUCCACUGAAAAAGCUGCAAUGAACUCCAAAAACAGUUUUGUUCAAUGGAAUAUAGGGGGGUAAGUUUCUAAAGAAAUUUUGAUGCUGCGCCGGUAAGGGUAGCACAAGAUACUAGGAUAAUUUGGUGUUAUAAGCUGAGUUGAUAAUGUAAACUGGCCAUCGUAAAGAGUUUCAAAGUUGACGUUUCGAGCGUUAGCCCUUCGUCAGAGCAAGUGAACGUUAUGUGUUAUACUCUCCCACCGACCCAGCACCACGGGUUCUUUAGAAACUUACCCCCUUUAUUCAUUUGUGGUACAAGAUGAUUUGGUUUCGUCAACUCAGUUGGUAAUGUGAAUUAGUCAUUGUAAAGAGUUUCUAAAGCUGACGUUUUAAGCGUUAGCCCUUCGUCAUUCGCUUUAGAAAACUCUUUAUGGUGGCUCAUCUAAAUUAUCAACUCAGUUAUGCUCUGAUUCAAUUGGUCAACGAUCGGCUUGAACCUAUGAUUAUUCACGGGUUUAUUUGAGAUCAACAUAAUGACCAGCUCUCAGUUAGCUUGUUAGUGCUGCACCGGUAUCGCAGAGGUCAUGGGUUCAAAUUCUGUACAGGCCUUAAUUUUUUUCAGGCCUUAUUUUCACUACUGCUUAAGUAGUGUUUGUGACUGCGAAGAUCGCUUCCAUAUUCGUUUCUUUAACCGCAAUUCACAUAUAUGAUUUUCAUAUAUUCACAUUCAGUGCUAGAGUUUUUAUUUUUUCGGGGCUGUAAGUUAUCGACGUGGGGGUGGGGGAAGGGGGGAUGGCUCAUGAGAGACAGUGGCCUAUUAGAGCCUUUAUCACAUACUCGAACAAGACAAAAAAUACACCUUACAAAGACAAUUUGGCAACGUUUUACACCGUCUGGGAACAGUAAUGCACUGUUUGCACUGUUCAGUAGGUAUGAUAAUUUGUAAAGUGGUUGAUGGUUGUUAUUAAUUGUCUUUGGAGAAUGGAGGAUUUUGUUGUGUCACAAUAAAAAUUUACCUGAUUCCCCCAUAAGGCUUUUUCAUAUUCUUAUACACUCUCCUCAUUGGCUGUUAAUUGACAGUCAAUUUUCCAUGGUCUCCCUUUUGAAUUUUUUAGGUGAUAACUGAGCCUCUCUUCAUUCCUCCUGAAAACCAUGUGAUCCCCCCCCCCCCAAAAAAAAAAAAAAAAAACUUCCGACUACACCCCCUUCCUCCAACGAUACAAUAAAAAUUACUGGUCCCCCAAAACACAGGGGUGCAUAGGAAUGAAUCGUUAUCAUGGGUGGCUUUCUAUUCGUCAUUUGACGAGGCAAAAUUACGUGUAAUAUAGUGACUGUAGAUUAUUAAAGUUAGCGAUUCGUGAUCGAAAUAAGUGUUUUCAGGAGCCAUUACGUGGUGUUUUUUGUGAAUUUGUGAAUUUUGUUUUUUUUUGUUUUAAGGCAGGUUCUCACGCAAUUCUUACAACUUCAAUAUCUUAUUUGAUUGUCUAAUGACGUAUAUUUUUUACUCUGAUCGCCAUAGACUGAACUAUGACAACGUAAAUAUACAUUUAUCUGAUUAGACGCAGACUGCGAGUCAAAAUACAAACUGAGGUGCCGAAAAUCUUGUUAAAGAAUGAGCUGAGUUAAAACAAUCCCUUCUCUCUCUUAGUUGUUUCUAUAUCAUUCUUUGAACACACAAAAAAACAGUAUUUCGGAGGGAGGAGUAUCUCCACAGGGCACACUCGUUCAACCAAGCUAUAAAAAACGAGAAAAUCAGAUAAGUUUACCUUUGAAACUCCAUGGGUUCUUCAAAUAUUACGGAAAUGGUUAGUGGUUCCUCAGCAUGAAGGGAUUAAGAAAAACCGGAUAUAUAUUUCUACUUAUGCUUAACUUCCUUUUGAAAAAAAAAACUUACUUCUGAAAGUUUAUGGACUUAGUAUCUUAUCUGUUUACACCCCAAAAUCAGUAUGCAUAUUCUCCGUACUGUUCGAUAAACGUUUUCUUCGGUUCUGACAAGGACAAUUUGUUUUAGCAAUCAAAGAUUCCCAAGUUGAGGGUCAUUCCCCUUUAUUCCCAUGGCCUAAAUGAAUGAUCCAGUAGUAUUACUGUGAGUAGACAUUAGAUGCCGUCUAAGAGUUUUGAUGCUGAAAUGUUAUUGUUUUGUAUGUAUUGCGUACCUUUAUUUGAGUGUCUUGUGUCCAGUCCACUCGCAUGUUCGAAAACAAACACACUGCUAUCGUGAAAAGAAUGCAAUGAAAUUCAUUGCAGUAGAAAUUACCAAAGCCUGGAUGAUGCUAGGUAAGUUUGUCUAUUCCUUAUGGUCGGCAGUGGUGUAUACCACCACCUCUGGUCAGUAAUGGAGUUAAACAUCUUUCGUAACGACGAAGUGUCGAUCAGCUGAACCAGCUUGCAAAUCAGGUUAUAACUCUGGCUGCAAGGUGCCUUGAAACUCUGACUUGAUCAUUUCACAAUACAUCCUCUCCAUUUUCCCCUUUUUUUAUACGGAAAAUUAAUAUUAAAAUUAUUUCCAAGUAAAUGAUAGUGUCUUUUCAUGUUUGAUUGAAAAAAAAAAGAAUUUGCCGCAGGUUCAGGAAGGUAGGUUACGGAAAAUCGGAAGAAAAUGAUCCGUUCAGAUUUAUAACUUUCUCUUUCAAUAUCAGGCGGUGUGGAGACAUCAAGGUGUUGAUUGACCAGGUUCAUAACCCUUUCACUCCCAGGAUCUCAUUAGAAAUCCACGCUACUGUCUGCCAUGCGACUCUUUUGGUGUUCCUUAGGAGAAGUUGGAAUUGGAUCGACUUAUCAUCCCCAAAUUGAAAGUUUGGUCUAUUCCCCUUACUUGUCCCCUUGAUUUUGUAUCAAUCUUGUAAGGAGAAAUUCUGUCUUGGUCACUCAUGAGAGUUAAAGGGUUAACGUGGUUUUCAUUCAUGGAAAUCAGUCCUAAACACCUUGAUUAAUCUGUACAUUGAUACUUUUAGCUAAGUGUCAGAUUUGAUUGGUGACAUCUUUGUUUUGGGCCGAAUCUUGUUUCACAACUUAACAUGUGUGCAUUUAUGGCUUUUCUCAGGCCUAGAUAUCCUUAUAAAACAAUCCAGUUUGUAUCGUGGAAUGGAAUAGUGACAGGAUAAUUUAGUCCAAAAAUUUGUAACUUAAGACAACCUUGAUUUGUGAAUGUGACGAAAAAUUUUCUUUUGUCAAGUGUAUACAGGGGCUCAAUUGACAGAUUUUUGGAAUUUUGGUAGUGAUACAUUCAAACGACUCUCCGAGACUCUCUCCUUUCACAUGCAAAUUUUUGCCAGGCUGUGGGAGAUGAUAUUUUCAAUGAUCAGUUUUCAGUGAUGCUGUGAUUAAGAGGGCACUGAGAAAAUACCACUUUAAUUAUAACAAGGAAGAGUAAUUUUUCUUUUAAGAUGUGAAUCAAUAAUUUCAUAUUGAAUGAGAAGCUGUCAAAUGUCUUAGCUAAUACAACUUAUGAAAAUUACAUGUGCUUGUUUCCUGUAUAUCUCAAAGUGAAUUUUGAAAUUGAUUAUGGUCCUUCUAUUUUUCAUGGAGAAUUUUUAAUUUAUGUACAGGUUUGGUGCUAUUUUCCUUGAUGGCUAGAAACACAUUUGCUCAGGAAAUUGGUAAGUUUUAACUUUGUGUAUCCUGAAAGGAAGUAGAGAGAACUGAAGAUGAAAUAACCCUACCAUAAUGAUGACAUGAUGCAUAAAUUUAACACAAAGGGCAGACUGUGGUUUUCCUAGGAUUCGUCCUUGUUUCUGUAACAUAACAUUGCUACCUGUAAUUAAGUCCAGCUUAACCAUUGUAAGUUAUCAUAUUAUCAUGACCAUAGUCUGGUAUAAAAAGAUAAAGGCUGUACUGCUGGAGAUUGUCGCAGUUUCCUUAGCGUGAAGGGAUUAAGAUGAUCACUACUCUACCCUGGAUGGGAUGCCAGUCCAUCACAAGUUAUCCCCCCUAACAAUUCACCAGGCUUCUCUGAUAUUUCACCGCUACCUAUUUAUACUCCUGGGAGGGGGACUGAGGCACUGUGAGAGUGAUAUGUUUGCUUAAGAACACAAGGCAUUGUCCCACACAGUUCUCCAACCCAGACCUCUCGACCCAGAAUGAGCAUGCUAGACAUUAGCCAUUGCUGGCCUCGCAAGUUUUGUCUCUCCACAAGUUUGGUGGUAAUCCCUUAAAACUUCUGAGGGGAAGGAAGUGCUUUGUUGGUAAAUUGUAGGGACCAAGAGCCCAACAUAACAUCCUUAUAAGGUGGCAAACAGAGCCUCUUGAUAGGGAAUGAAAAUUAGAUUUAGCACCCAAAAAAUAGUACCACAAAAUUUCCCACCUUAAUUUUAUGUAAACAUCUUAUAUUACAGAGUAGAAAAUGUAAACAAAGCUGUAAUGUCUGUUAUAACACAGUUUGAAAAAUUGUGUAAAUUAUCCAAAUUCAAAAUAAUUAGAAAGAUGGUAAGUUUUAACCCCUUUAAUUCCCAUGAGUGACCAAGACAGAAUUUCUCCUUACAAUAUCAGUACAAUAUUGACCAGACAAGUGAUGAGAAUAAAGAAAAAUAUUAAUUAGGGGAUAAUUAGUUGAUCCAAUACCAAAUUCUUCAAACUAACGUCACAAGAACUACAUGGCAGACAGUAAGGAGAAUUACUUAUGAGAUCUUGGGAGUUAAAGGGUUAAGCUCAGUCAAUAAAUAGAGAAAGGUGUUAUUUGCCCCGCACCUGUAACAAGACAUAAAAACAUCAUUCUUUUUCUUUAUCCAAAUUUAUUUGCUUUCAAAAUGAAGUUCUCCCACAUGAUCUUUACAUUGACAUCUAUUUUCUCAGGCAUGUUAUAAGAUGACGAGAUGCAACAUGUUUGUGUGGUAUGCAAUGGAAGGUUUGCAUAACCCUUUAACCCUUUAAUUCCAAUGGGUGGCAGAAUCAAGCAGACAAGUGAGGAGAAUAGAAAAAAACUCAUUUAGGGGACUACAAGUUGAUCCAAUACCAAAUUCUCCAAAUUGAAAUCAUGAGUAUUUUACGGCAGACAGUAGGGAGAAUUACUUAUGUGAUCUUGGGAGUUAAAGGGUUGAGCCUUACGAGUGAUUAGCACCUUUUCUCUUUUCUUUACAAUAUCAUCCCAGAAUCACACAUUUAGGUUGUGAGAAUAAAAGAAAUGAUCAUGAACUAAAGAAGCUCUUGAUUGUUAAACAAAUUUUCUUUGUCAGCACCUUGGGAAAUGUAUAGAGCGUAGUACGGAAAGUUUGCAUACUGAUAUACUAAGGAAGUACAAGUGAAAAAUUAAUUGUUUUGGGUUUCACCUCAAGAGAGGGUUCAUCCAUAGUUUUACUUAUUUUGUCUAGCUAAGCAGGUGCAAGGCAUCUUUUUUAACUACCUACAAUCAGCAUUAAAAUCAGUUGACACAUCAUGCGUAAAGAGUUCUAUUUAUGUGUAGAAUAAUUCUUCUGUUUCUACCACACCCUAAAUCAUUGAUGAGACCCCUCCUGAAUGCCUGUAUGUAGCUAAAAGUUCAAGCGGGGGGGGGAAGGAGGGGGAAAGAGAGUGAAUGGCUUAACCCUUUAACUCCCAAGAUCUGAUUGUUAAUUCUCCCUUGUAGCUGCUACACAUUUCCUUGUAAAUUAGUUAUGAGAACUUGGUGCUAGAUCAAGAUAGUAGCUUCUACCUGAUAAGUUUAAAUAUUCUCAUUACCUGUUUGCUGAAGAAUGUAUGGAUAUUGUAGGGAGAAGUUUUAUGUUAAUCACUUCUGGGAGUUAAAGGGUUAAUUUAUAAAGAGCAAACAAGAUAAAAUUGAAGUACUAAUUGAUUGGAAAGGUCAAUGUGUCAUCAUUUUUGUCACCAAUUGUAGAUACCACAAAUAGAGUAAAUACUGCAUUUCCUUUAAGAGGAGCCCAGUUGCCUAUUUUAAAUUUCGGCUUAAAGGAGAGUGCUAAUUGGAAGGAGGGCACCUAAUCUUGAAUUGGAAAGAGGGCGCUUAAUCUAGAAAGGAAGGGGACUUGAAACUAAUAUCCUUUACUGACUUAUAUAAAGUGGCAAUAGAAACAGGUUUUCCUUGAACCCUUACUAUUUAAUAAAGUGAGGGAGGAGGAGGAGGGUUCAUUCAAGAGGAUUGUAAUUGUUUGACAUGAUAGUCUUGGGGGAGGGCUCUUAUGAGGCUGAAGGCCCAUAAUCAAGUGCUUAUUCUAGCCUAGGAAAUACAGUUUUGAAAUUCUUUUCUUUAACAUGUGUAAAUUCUGUUUGCAGCCAACAGCUCUACAAAGGUUUGUUUUCCUAGUAACACCAAUAAUAACAACCUGAGAUUGAAUGGCCUAAGUGGAAGUUUUCGAAGUCCUGAGGGACAGCUCCUGAAUUCAAGUUGUGACUGGCUUAUAACUGUUCCAGAAGGCAAAAUUAUAAAACUAGUAUUUACUGGAUUUCUCCUUGAAUCUGAUCGUCAUCCGUGGGGAUGCCCAAGGGAUUUUGUGGAGGUUUAUGAUGGGAAUAGCAGUUCUAGUGUGAGGAGAGGCAGAUUCUGUGGCUCUGUAACGCCAAUGAAUAUUUACUCAACUGGCCGGUACAUCGUGGUGCGACUCAGAACAGACAAUGAAACGUCAUGGCACCUUGGAUUUACAGCCAUGUUCACAGCUGAGGAAACUUACAGUAUGCAAGAAUAUACUUUAUUUCAUACAUACUCAGAUUUUCAUUGUGAAGCACUAUCGUUCGCGUCUCUGAUUGGACGAACAGUGUAUUUUAACAGCAGUUCGCUUUCAAUCUUUGAAUUGAAAUGUGAAAAAAAUCUCGGUUUGUAUGAAGUAAAAACUUCAUAACAUGGGAAGCGCUUGAACGAUUUUUAUUCGCUUAUAAUGCGAUGCAUCAAAAAACUCACUUUUUCGCAGCGCUCAAUCGUUGGUUUUUUGUUUUUUUUUUUUUGUUUUUUUUUUGAUGUAUCGCAACUCGUGCAUAAGAAUCAUUCGUGCCCAAUUUCCAUGAGAUAAUCUCUUUCCGCGAAGGCAAGUUCGUUUAUAGAGUGCUUUUUCACAAUAACCAAUCAGAAGAAAGGAAAAUACCUUUAAGAGCCAAUGGGAAACAACCUACGUAAAGCGCGGGAAGGCGCGUGCGACCAAGUCGUGCUUGAUUUUACUUUUGCAUCUGAUUGGUUGAGAGAUUGGCGCGAGUUUUUUAGACCAAUCAUAACCCUAAGCGAAGUAAAGCAAAAAUAGAGUAAUCCUGUUUUACUUUCAAAUCCAAUAGAAAGUUGCUCUUAUCAGUUUAGCUCUUGCUAGCUUAGUCACUCUAAGGUUCAAAAUGUUAAUGAAUUGCCUAAUUUAAGAGAGUUAUACGUACGCUAAUAAGGCAACCGAGGUUAAACACUAAUUUUAAAGCGCUGUGUAGCAAAUUUUUUUUAAAAUAGAUUUUAUAAAUGAAUUAGUAAUAACUUUCAUCAUGCCUUGUAAAUUUUGAUCUUCAAUUCUGAAGUGAUCUGUCUUCUUUUUUUACGUUUUCAGUUUGUCCGUAUCAUGCCAAGGUACUCUAUGUCUCCGAAUCUUCCGUCAGAACACUCACGAGUCCAAAUUACCCUUCGCCGUACGACAGCAAUGAAGAUUGUAAGUGGAUACUUGAAGCACCUAGUGAACUCAUAGUUAAAGUAACAUUUCAGGCCUUCGAACUGGCAGGAGACAUGUACUUUUACAGUUCCUGCCGGGAUAAACUUAUAUUUUACGAUGGAAAUGACACCACUUCGAACAUCCUUGGAACCGCGUACUGUGGCGCGACUCCGCCUGAUUUAAUUUAUUCUACUGGACGACACUUAUUUGUCGAGUUCAGCACAGAUCGUUACACAAAUCGCAAGGGGUUUAAAUUAAGUGUUUCAGCUGUUAAUAAAGGUAAGUAAUAGCAGUAGAUGGCGUCCAAUCUUUCGUGCACUUGCAUUGUGGAACCGUUAGAGAAGUUUCUUUGGAAGAUCCGUUUAAAGAAAACGCAAGUUACCUUAUCGUGAAAAAGUUAUGUCUGCAGGCUUAUUCGACAAGACCGAAAUACCUUUUAUUUCAAUGCGAAAUUCCCAUCUUAAUUUAAUUUGAAAUUGAGGAAUAUCGUUGGAUAUUCCCAGAUUUAGUCGGGGUCUAGUUGGCCACAUGACGCGUUUAGACCAAUCACACGCGAGGGAAAUUAUUGGGUGGGGUUAUGAGAUGUGAUGUUUCAGUUCACAGGUUACUAUGUUUACUUCUUCGCUAGGCGAUGAUCAAAUCUAACUUGUAGCCAUAGUCAAAGUGCAGCUAUUUCUAACAUCAGGAAGCAUACUCUCGAGGGGUUCAACCCCUACUAAAAGUGCGGAAGGGAGGGCUCGGACGGCUUGUAAGGUGUGGUUGCGUCCAAAUUCGAAAUCGCUUAGUUUGUAAGAAUUGCAUAGAACUGUGAUUGUAAGAUAGCAAGUCGAUGGCAAUGUGCAUACACACUGUAAAUUUUACUGUAUGCAGGGUACUCAAUGCAAAUCUUUUUUGCAAAUAGUAGGGAAUUUCCCAAAUGUCACUUCUAUUUUCUUUGUUCACUGACUCCGUUAAGGCUCCUGUUAACACCAAGAUAAUACAAGUGACAUGUUGGAACUUCUAGGAUAAACCACUCGAAAGUACCAGUGUUGCACUGUGUAUGCGUAUUCCCACUGAAUUGAUAUCUUUCAGUCACAGUUUGGUGCAAGUUUUACUUUGGCUAAAAGUUGAGAGGAGAUAGUUUUAACAUCGCUUCAAAGAGUUUCGCUGUUUCUUGUAUUUGCAGAGGAAUCAGCUACAAUUUGUCGCUCAUCAAGUGAUAAAGUCAUUCACCUCAGGGGGUUCAAUGGUACCUUCUUUACCCCUAAUUAUCCAGCUUUUUACGCAACAAACUGGACAUGCAUUUGGCUUAUUUCUGUUCCAGCUGGCAAACGAGUGAAGCUUACCUUUGAAUAUUUUAGCUUAAAAUCUGAUGAUGCCUUCCAGAUACGCGAUGGUAAAUCACCUCGAAGCCCUGAGCUACGACGUUUUGACGUAAAUUAUCGUUAUGAUGUUUAUUCCACUGGAAGUUACAUGUGGGUGAAGUUUCAUUCUGGUUUUGGCAGUUGGUUUUAUAAACCGAGAGGUUUCAAAGCACGGUUCGAGGCUUUAGAUCCUCGUGAGUAUCUAUUCAUUUACAAUACUUUGCUUUUCUUUGGACUCAGCUGCAGAGGCGUAUGUAAUUAUUCCGGAGUAACUCACUGUAAAUGCACCUCACCAUUUCGGGAGACGCAGUGAAUACGGUGGACUCCGACUCGAGUGGUCUGAUUUCCAGACCUGGCAGUGUCAAUGAGUUGUGUUCAUGGGCAAGACGCUGUACUCUUACAGUACCCCUAUCCACCCAUGUGGAGUGUAAAUGGGUAUCAGCGAAUUGUCAGGGAGGCCUGAUAAAAUGCAAGGGGAGGGGGUGCCGGGGUAGGGGUAACCUUGCGAUGGACUAGCAUCCCAUCCAGGGGGUAGUAGUGAUACUCCUAGUCCUUUCAUGCUAUGGUUACUAGGAUAAGCUAAGGCUGGGUGGGCCACUUCCUACGGGUACAACUUCUACUUUACCUUUCUACCUCACUAUUUUAGCGGUUAUUGGAACAUAAACAUGAUUUCGCGAAACCAGUAAGAGCUGUUGUGCUGUUAUUUGAGUAGAUCAUGCUCAUUAAACUCAACGAAAGCCCUUUUUUUUCUUUUUGCGAGACUCUGAGGCGUUGGAAAACGUGUGUGACCAAGUCGCCUUUGGUUUUAAUUUUUAUUAGGUUUGUUGAGAAAGUGGUGCAAGAUUUCUGGACCUAUCACAUGACUAGGUAAAGCAAAACCAAACAAAUCCCGGAUUACAUCGAAAGACUUAAAAAUUUCUCGAAGAAUGUGUUCACAAUUUGAGAAAACACUCAUUUUUGUAUAGGUAUUUUUAGGGAAAAGAUAACACCUCGAGCGUUAUUCUCACAACGCGGAAGCAAUUUUUAAAAUGUCACCUUAAGGUGACGCACUUGAAGCGGUGGAUGACGUAUAACUAUAACUCAGUUCCUUUUUUUAUUAUUUUCAUUUUCAUCUUGAUUUGAAUUUAUUCACAAAUUUAUUUAUUUAUUUAUUCAUUUUUCCUUUUACAUAGCUGGAAAUCCCGAGGAAUUUUGUUAUCCUGGAAACGUUUACAACAACAAUUUAAAACUAAGUGGUUUUUAUGGAACCCUUCAAAGCCCGGCCGAACGUUACUAUCCACAUUUAAGUUGUACAUGGCUUAUCGUUGUGCCUGAAGGAAACAUAAUCGAGUUAAGCUUUCAGACGUUUCGUAUACCGAAGGGUCCUUCCUCAAAAUGUACACCAGAUUAUGUGGAAGCUCUUGACGGGAAGGACAGCUCUAGCGAUGGUAAAGGAAGAUUGUGUGGGUACGAUAUACCAGAACGAAUUCGCUCGACUGGUCGAUACAUGAUGGUUCGUUUCAGAUCGGGUGAAAUCAUGACGAUAACCGGUGAAUUUAGUGCUGCAUUCAGAGCUCGGGAUGAACCAGGUGAGUAGGAAAUUAGCAGGGUUGGGGGAUGAGUCGGAGAUUAGCAACGGGGAGAGGGAUGAGUAAGAGAUUAGCAGGGUUAGGAAAGAAUCGGAGAUUAGCAGGGUUAGGGAAAGAGUCGGAGAUUAGCAGGGUUAGGGAAAGAGUCGGAGAUUAGCAGGGUUGGGGAAUGAGUCGGAGAUAACCAGGGUUAGGGGGAUGAAUCGGAGAUAAGCAGUGUUGGGGGGGAGGGUGAGUCGGGACUAGCAGGGUUGGGGGGAAUGAGUCGCGGAUAAGCAGGGUUGGGGGAUGAGUCGGAGACAAGCAGUGUUGGGGGGUGAGUCGGAGAUUAGCAGGGUUGCGGGAAGAGUCGGAGAUAAGCAGGGCUGGGGGAUAAGUCGGAGAUUAGCAAGGGCAUGAGGGAUAAGUCAGCGAUAAGCAAGGGGGAGAGGGAUGAAUCGUGGAUUAGCAGGGUUGGUGGAUGAUUCGGAGAUUAGCUGGGAUGGGGGAGGAGAGUCGGAGGUUAGCAAGGAAUAGAGGGAUGAGUUAGAGAUAAGCAGGGUUAGGGGGAUGAGUUGGAGAUUAGCAGGCACACGCAUUUUUAUAAUUUAUUUUAUUCUAAAUUUUGCUUUCUAAGAGGGUGGCUCUUGAAACAGAACGGAUAAAUGUUUCAAUAAUAAGGCCAUUUAUACCAUGAAGACCCUUUUUUUUUUUCGCUUUUUUUUUUUCUCUUUGUUUGUUUUGAUUUGUAUUUCCUGAGUAGCCGCUUAUUGUGAACCCCUGUCCUUUUGGUGUCCACAUUUUCCAGAUUUCACUCAAACAUAUUUUCUUUCUUAAAUCUAGUUGAACCUGUUGCAUCUUCUCGUUCCAAAGAAGUUUGUUUGCUGGGGAAUCCCGAUAAUGGAAACCUGAAGUUAACUGGCACAGAGGGGACAUUACAAACUCCUCUGAAGUAUUACCCCACGGAUUUGGUCUGUGUUUGGCUCAUCACCGUACCGGAGGGAAAGAGAGUAGAACUCAGCUUUGAAAAAUUUGAUAUAAGUCCAAUUGGGUGCUCUGAUUUUGUGCAGAUCUUUGAUGGAGAGACUAACAAGAGCCGCACUUUAGAAGAAUACUGCGGAGAUUCUGUCAUACGCGAAGUUCAGUCAACUGGUCGGCAUAUGUUGGUCAUAUUCAACUCCGACUCUGAGCCUGAUGUAUUACGUACUGGAUUCAAGGCUUCUUUUAAAGCUAUAAGUAGUAAGUUGUAACUUGCGAGGUACAUGCAGCUAUUUUCGGCCAGCGUUUUUCAGAAUUUAAAGUCAAAAUCAGUUGACUUAAAAGUGUUGUCCUUGCCCUCUUAGGAGCGUUAGAAGCGUGAGCUAAUGAAAGGGUUUUUUUUUUUGGGGGGGACUUUUUAUCUUUUUGUUCACUUAUGCCCCAUAACUUCGCAUAUACCCGGCCGGGACUUUUCGGGGAUAAGACAUAAAUAGUGGGUACUGAACCCCUCGCACAUCUCUCGCCGACUCGCAUUGCUCAAGGCUUCGUACUUUCUCGCGAGCGAAGAAACGCCGGUGCCAAAGAAACGUUCGUACCGAAGAAAUGCUCUUGCUGAAGAAACGCUCCUGCCUAAGAAACACUCCUGCCGAAGAGGCGUUCGUGCCGAAGAAACGCCCGAGCCGAAGAAACGCCUGUGCCUAAGAAACGCCCGUGCCGAAGAAACGUUCGUACCGAUGCAUUAAUGACGAUAGCCUGCUUGCAAGCUACAAUGACACUUGCUGGAAAAUGACAGGAUUCACCAACUUAUAGUUUGGCAGUUUGUUCCUUUGUGAUCUACAAAUGACUAUUUAACCUCCCCAAGAUGAAAUUUUGAUUUCUUUUGUUUUCUUUUCAGAGCCCAAAUCAUUGGCCAUCGUUGUCGCAGUUGUAUCUUCUUUGAUGGUCAUAGUAAUUGCAGUGGCUUGCUAUAUGGUGUACAAGAGGACACGAAGUAACAAACGAGGUGGAGCUGGGGUAGAAAGAAUUCCAAUGGCACCAGCACCGACCACGUCUCGCACAUCCUGUCCUACUCAGUCUGCAGCCAAUGAGUCAUCCCCAAGGGUGGGUUAUGCUCCGGUCUCGACGAAUCCUGAACAGUCAGCUCACUUGUUAUCAAAUCACUGAGGCAGCAUUAACACCGCCAGUCCUUUUGCGAGGGGCAAGUUUGAUAAUCAGAGACCAUUAUAAAAACCAAACAAAGGCAACAACAACAAAGGCAGAAGUUGCAAUUACCCGAUAGAAGGCCUUUUAUUAUAAAUUAAGGACAGUGCUGGAUGAAAUCCUCCCCCAUCCCGUGCAUCCUUUCAUUUAGCCUUUUAUAAACUAUGUUCCCGGCUGCGCGCUGCCAGGGAGUUGUUUGUGGUCAUCCAAGGUGACCUCGGUCCACGAAUUCGUCUAACAAGUUUGGAAAAUCACACAACCUGAACUAUCGAAAAAUAAAUUUUUUUUUUCUUAAACUGAAAAUAUGGCAACCACUAAAGUAUAUGAAUGAGCAAUUAAAAGAAAUUACGCCGGAAAUUACCUCUACUCUUCUUUUUUUCUUUUAACCCUUAAACUUCUAAGAUCUGAUUGUUCAUUCUCCCCUCUAGCUGUUAAACAUUUCCUUGUAAAUAAGCUACGAGAAUUUGGUGUCAGAUCAAGAUAAAAACUUCUACCUGAUAAGUUUAAUUAUUCUCUCUACCUGAUCUCUAUUCACGUUAUGGAUUUUACGGGGAGAAGUUACAUGUUAUUCACUUCUGAGAGUGAAAGGAUUUUAAGAGCACUUAUUAAGAUUCAGGCCUUUUGUGACCCUUGAAUUGCGUGACUGUGAUUAACUAGUGCCCAAAUCUUUCUCUCCCAUCGUGCCAAUCAAUAAUGAAAGCAAAAAUUGCUUAGAAAACAACUUGGGUAUAAUUAUUUUGUGUAUCUUGGUCGCUACGUUCUGAAACUUCAGCGAAAUGGUCGAUGAAAAAUGUGACCCACCGCAUCCUUAAAAGACGUUAGUAGGUGACGUGAAUUUGGUAACACUUUACGAGAGUCUUUGACAUGUUUAACUCUUUCAUCGCACAACAUAAAUUAUGGACUCGUUAACAUCAGUGGGUGAGUUUCUAUGAAUCAAACUUGAUAUCUACUAAUAGAUAUCAGUCUUUAUAUCGGUGACGCGGAUUAUAAUCUACGAUUUUUUUCUUCCAUGCGAAGUAUCUGAAGUAGUAAAUAACGCCGUUAAAAAUUUCAAAGGCUUGAAAUCGUGAUUGACUUGACUGACAUUAGAAUUAAGCCUACUGAGUUAUUAACAUUUUUCCCAAGAACGGAAUGUUUACCAGUUAACGGAACUUGAUUAUAACUUGCGAUUAAGGUUUCCAGUGCAUCUGAGAUGCAUGGAAAUUAUUUCUGGUAGUGAUGGAACGAAAUAUCUCAGCUAAAAGCGAAAUUUAUUUCCUGGGGCGGAUAGUAUCAGCUGCAAUUUUUUUCAGUAUUUUUCGUGAUCGUGUUGAAGUUAAUUUAACCGAGUGAUAACGCAAAUAAUUUAUCUAAUUCAUCAGAGAUGUCUUGAACAAUUGUAGUGAAAGCUUCAAUGUAAAGAAAUGAUCACACUGAAUUUAUUAUGAUAUUAUUUGAUUUUCGGUUGAGUAACAACAUAGCUUCCAACGAGCUCUUCCAUGUCAGUAAAUAUAUCUUUCAUUAGCUUUACAUUUCAGGUUAGAUCCAAUGAUAAUUCAAGACUAACUCUUAACAAUAAAAUGCGCAUGUUUAAGUAGUUGUUUUUAAUCUGCCUCCUGGCCCGACCUGUUCAUAUCACGUACAAUUAUUUAAAACUCGAGGCUCUCCUCAAGAAAAAUCUUAUAGGUCUUGUCACGAGUGGAUAAAAGGAAACUAUUCGUAGUCAAGGAGGCUCUUUCGUUAAUUAGCUUUGAUUUGACUGAAACUAAUAUUUAAUAUGUAUGGCAUGAGAGUUGAUUCGUGCUUUUUGCACAUCACAGGCGACGAACGUGAUCCUUCCUUACUGAUUAACAUACUAGCUAUGAACAAAGGAAACAUUAAGAUUUGAAGCACAACACAAACUAGUGAUGCAUGCUACAGGAAGUGAUUGAUAACGACAUAGUUUAAAAAAAUUCUGAUCUCUUCUUUCAUUUUUAUGCUAUUCUCAUCCACUUAUUCAGGUCUGAUUUUUGUAGCCUGGAUUGGAUUUUCAAGUGCUGAAAAUUACGGUAAGUUAACAUUACUUUUAAUCUUAUAAUUUGGAAUGGAAGCUUCCAGUUUUUGAUAACAAAAGCGCCGAGUGUAUAACCAUUGAAUGUCGGCGCGAAACAUUAAUUGCUCUGUUGAUGUUGAUAACUAUUUUUGGUCAUAUUUACAUAAUUUGUUUUUCUUCCGAGCUACAAUUCGGUUGGGAAACAUUUUUGCAUUUUUUCUGUGGCCAGGGUAAUCAUCAGUUUGUGUUUUUGGAAAGAAACAAUUUUAAUUUUUUUGAGCUUGCUUAAUGGAAUGAAUGCAUCGAGUUACAAAUUAAAGAAAAUUGAUUCUAUCUUUCUCUGCCUCCAGCGCCAGCUUUCCUUUGUGUGGAUUUUCUUGUUACAAUUGAACACUUUAUGACGUAUGAGGAAGUUAAUGAAACUCGUAUAUCUUAUUUUUGCCUUUUAUGUUUCUUAGCUGCUAGAAACAAAACGAAGUGUUUCCCAGGUAACAUCAACAACAACAAUCUACAGCUAGAGGGCUCGUCAGGAACGUUUGAGAGUCCCUUUUACCCAUCGAAGUAUCCCAAAAGUAUUAGUUGUACUUGGGUCAUAACUGUGCCGUAUGGAAAGCUGGUUAAACUUAGUUUCACUGCCUUCGACGUGGAAUGGUCUUCGAGCUGUGAUGAAGAUUAUGUUCAAAUUUACGAUGGCUGGUCUUCCGCCAGUGAAGUGAAAACGAAAUUAUGUGGAGCAUCACUUCCAAGCGACGUUUCUUCCACUAGCCGCUACUUGAGGGUUCAGUUUCGAUCUGACGAAGAUAAUCAUGGCAAUUGCAGUGGUUUUAAAGCUCAGUUCGAACAGGUUCACAAAGCAAGUAAGUCCACACUUCACACAGCAUGACUUUUUGUUGUAACGAACAUUAUAAAUCAGCUCAAUAAAGAUAAAAAUAACAACAAUAAUAAUGACAUCAACUUCUUCCUAAAGGAUAUGUAUGUAACCUUGUUUGGUAUUGCUGUUUUCUUGUUGUAUGGCUGCUGUUGUUGUUGUUGUUGUUGUCGUCGUCGUCGUUAUUUUUGCUUAGUUUGUAAACACUGCUGAUUUCUGAAGUCCUUACCUUCUCGCUGGUUAUUGAAGAUCUCUUCAAAUUCAUAGCAAUAAGCUAUGACAACUAGUCAUAUGUGUUAAGACCUCUACAUCUUGGUAAGGGUGUGUGUGAAUCCAUGACACUUCAAAGUGCUUAGCAAACACAUCGAGACCCACUAAAAGUACGUGCCUAGCUUUUAAAUGUUACGCAGACAAACUACUAUGCUAGCUAUUGUAACGGAGGGAGCCGAGAUUCCAAAUUUAGGCUAGCUUGCAGAUCAUGGGUCAUUUCGGCCUAUCGAGUACUCAGUAUUUUCUUGGUGAAAAUUGCAGCUGCCUUUUUUCAUAAUUCUUACAGCAGCGGAAGGCUGAGUUGAGAAAGAAAUUUGUACUAAGGGGGUGGGCGACGGUUUAAAAGCAGGAGAGGGGAGGGAAGGGGGCAACCGAUCAAAGAGUAUUCCACUCUAACUCUAAAUUUAACAUGGCCGAUUGAAUGAACGAUCUCGACCUUGUAAUGUUAACGCGCCCUGAUAGGACGCUUGCUCUGCAGGCAACCAAAAGGCUUGUUACUGAUUUCAUUUUUGUUCUUUAUCCUUAGAUGUUCUAACCAUCCUUUUCAUUGGGGGAGUUUCGCUGUUUCUGUUACUGAUAUGUAUGGCUUGCAGCAUCAUAAGACGUCGGAGAAGUCCAACCCCAAGGCGGCAAUUUCUUCAUGCUCUAAGAUGUAGAAUAAGACACAACUCGAGCCGCCAAUUUCUUCGUGCAUCAACACCUCAGCCAGCUGCAAACCUACACCUAUACCCACCUUCCACAAUGGGCUAUCGUACCCCAUCUUAUACGUUCCCGAUGGAGCCUCCUCCUCCCUACACAUAUCCGACAGAGCCUCCACCACCUUAUCCGGGAGAGGAUACUUAUUUACCGCAUACACCCUUGGGACGCUCGUAGUCGUAUCCUCAGGAUAGACAAGGACAUUUGUCGCUAUCCUCAUGCAGGAUGAUAUAAUGAUUUUUUGGAAGGAGGAUACAGAAAACGUUCAUUAUGAUUCCGGAUUCAUUAAGACACCGAGCAUGAUUAGGGUGCUGGUCUUAUAAAAUCUGGUGGUCCCAGCUUCAAGCCGUCUUCUCUGCUUCUCACUGGAUUUGUUUUCAGUUCCUCUGAGUUCAACUCCUCGACUACUCUUUCUAUGAAGCCUACUAGCCAGCUGGGGUUCCUAAAAACAUUGUGUUUAUCUCAAAUUCUUUUUCUGUUUCCAGUUUGUUUAAAUUACGUAUUUCUCAAUUUGUUAGGGUCUCGAGACUUGUGAAAGAAUUGUACAGUUGUUAUUUCUAUUUUUUGUCAUUUCUUGAGGGGUAUGUUUGAAUGUUUGUUCAUUUACGCAGCUAUUUAACUUGUGUCACUGUUUUGCCAUAAAGAGUGUAAAUAGAACUUAAAAUGUAUAUUUUGAGCCCAUUUGCUCAUUUCCUUUUGUAACGAACGAAGGGAAAACAUCUUGGUCCCACACGAGGAAUAUUACUUCAUACGUUCGGAUUCUGAAGUCCAAUGUUCUACGUUAAAAAAAAUAACUUGAUAAUUGUUUCACGCCAUUAUAUGUAUAUUCAAGCAUACUUUCUUCAAUACAAUUUAUUUGUCCGACGCACUCAUUACGCUCUUACAUGUAUUUAAUUUUUGCCUUUUAAGCCUUUCGUACUGAAGGACAGGAGACGUAAAGACCUGGUCUCUAAUACCCAGGACCACGGACCGAAAAGUUCGGCGCGUUUUGAUGCCUUCUUGGGCAAGACACUAAACUCAUAGUUAACUCUCAUAAUGCGUGUUUCCAGUUAGGAUAAGAGUAUCAAAAGCUAGCGGCAAACUGUCAGGAAAACCUGUCGAAAUAAUUGGAGUGAUGUGACCCAAGUAUUCCGUCUUGAGAAGUAGCAAGAGCUCUAGUCGCUUCCCGUCGCUGAAACUUAGUUAAGCCCAGGGACGCCGAGCUUUCUGGCUCGUUAGCUAACUUGAACACUAUUUAUUCCCUGCUGAGGGGAAUAAUUAUCCCCUUUGCAUUGGCAGUUCAUUGGCAGUCAAUUUUCCAGAGUCCCUCCUACAUUCUGUUACGUGCGCACUCCUUUUAUUCAUCCAUGUCCUCUUAUGUUCACUCCGGUCGACUCAGCCACAGUUGUGUUAUUGCUCGAAAUUAAAGGGGAGUGUUUGUUAUUUUGUGGUUCCUAAAUGAUGGAAAACAUCUUCGUUAGGUCACAAAAUUGCAUAAUGAUUCCACCAAGUUACAGUUCAUGUCCUCUUGGAUUCCACUUUGUAGGAAGUCUAGAAUAAACAAAAAAAUUGUACCUCUGACUCUAGUUAUUUUUGAUCAUGGUAAUAUCGUGCGGAAGUGUUCUUAGCGGUAGUAGUUAUCACACGUAAGAAUCAAUAACUCACUCCACUUCCUAAUUAGCUGACCCCGGCGAGGUCACGUGAUCAGACUGAGCCAUCCGUCGUUGAAGCGUAAUUGGUAUUGAAGAUAUCGUAACCCGCUUGUCUGUCUAACGAGUGAUCUUUGGCUCAAAUUGACGCGAUGAAAUUCUCUGUGUAUCUCAUUUGUUCAGGUAAGGAUUCUUAAUCUUAGCAUGUUUUUACCCAAUGUGCUUGGGAAUGCGAUUGAUAACAACAGCAAAAUCACGAGGUAUAAGCAAGUUUUAUUUAGUCAAUAGAGUACUUCAGAAAAUCACAACGUCAGCGAGGUCGAGGUAAAACAACAAAGAUCUAAUGUCUGAACAACAGUUCAGCCCGUGUGUUUUAAAUAUUUGUACACUUCCUAGCCGUCUUCUGCGAACGACAACGUGAUGACACUUACUGCAAAAUUUACAUGAUUUAACAACGGAAAACCCAACUACAAAUUAUUUAAGUUCCAUUUUCAACUUUACGCUGCUCACAGAAGUUACGCCGAAGUAAAGAAGCGGCUCCGUUAGGGAGUGUAAACACAACAUCCAUUCGCGAAAUUCUACAAAAGAUAUAAAUUCAAUUUUUCGUCAACGUUUUCCCGGCGUUGCCGUCCUGAUUGCGUAAGGUCCCCUUAUGAUUAAGUGUCAGUCUGGUCAUCGAUCACAUUUAGUGAAGAAAUCGACGCACGAGUGUACGCUGCCAUUUGUUAUUUCUGUAAGUUACGAUAUAAAGCUUAGAUAACUUGCGAUCACUAGAUGCUAGGUUGAAAGUUUUUCAUUCACCAAGCAGUUGGCGAGUAAAAAAAUUCCACAUAACAUCAUUGUCAUUUCAUCACGUUCAGUUUCCUUCAGCGGCUUCUAUCACCACUUAUAAAGUUUGAAAGACUUUUUUUUAUUGCUUAACGAAUUGAUGAAUUAAAAAAAUAUACAUAUCUUUUCAUCAAGUAAAAGAACCUGCUUUUCCGGCAAAUACCUAAUAUUCAAACCUCUUAGGAUAAUUAUUGAUGUCACUUUCUGAAAUUAUGAUAACAUUCGAAACUAGCGUGCACACACGUAGUUGUUGUCAUGGAUUAACUGAAUUCAUUUGAAUAGGGUAAUCAUGGCUAAAAUUGGGGGAAUAUGUGAACAACAAAGCUGCAAACGGUUCAAGGAGUUUUAUAAUCAAUUUAUCUUCGAAACUAGUAUAUAUAAGGCAGAAGUAAAAUUUGUGGAAUUAGGGAAAUCAAGUUGUCGGUUAAUCGUCAAUCAAUUACUUCGACAUGCUUGAUUGCUUACCUUGCACAUGUCGCAACAAAUCAUUCACACUUACCCGAUUCCGAGAAAAGUACAUAUUUUAUUUCGACGCACCCCGCACAUAUGUUGAUUAAGGGCUGUUGAUUAAGGGUGUAACAAGAAGGGAAAUAUGACAUUUUUUUGCGAAAAUUCACGGGUCAAUAAACCACCGAACGAAUAAUAUUCUUUGUUUUCUUUUUCAGUGUUCCUGUGUCACUUGCAAGAAGUUGAAGGUACCUUUACUGACUUUACCUAGUUUUCUGGUGUUUUCUAGUCAUUGUUUCAAGCCUUGUCAUUGUUCGCUGUAUAAGUGCUUGGUUCAUCCAACCGCUUUUUCUUGUUCAAUGCUUGAGCUCUCUGAGUUGCCAACUUUGAUAUCAACUUUAUUUACCUUUGAAUCGUGAUGAUACGACUUUAUCUGUCAAAAUGCAUCACGCCAUUUAAUAAAGCUGUGAAGGAAUUUAAAUGAUUAGGCGAAAAGCAGACCAAGAGAACAGCUUAACCAGGCAUUCCUUUGGAAUCUUGAUCCCUAGAUUAUUGGAUUAUAGUGAUGUUUUCAGUGCUGCUAGACUGAUAGACUAUUGCAAUACACACUACAUAUUGGAUUUCAAGACAAAAGGUUGCCCAAAGGGAUAGUGAAACUGCAUAUUCCACAAAUGAAUGAAGGAGUACGUUAAUAGAGAAACUGUAAUGAUUACCUUGUUAUACUCACCCACCGAGAGAGUAUAACAGGGCAAUUAAUUAUUAUCAACUUAGUUGAUAAAGUAAGUUGGCCGCCGUAAAGAGUUUUAAAGCUGACGUUUCGAGCGUUAGCCCCUCGUCAGAGCGAAACAGUUCGAAUUCUGAGAAUUCCAUCUCAAAUUAGAAACAAUUUUUUUCACUUUUUGCAGCGCUCAAAAGAGUUGCAUCUGCUGUGUACAUCGUACUGGCAGUUCUUUUCCUUCUGAUACUUCUUGGAGGGAUUUUCCUGCUCGUAAAAUACAGCAUGGACUGCAACUCUAAAAGGCGGCGUACGCGUGACUCUAGCGUGACAACUAACGUUUGUGACACACAGCAGCCUUCCGAAGCCGGUCUUCAACAUCGGGAUCACUAUCCAGAAUUCCUACAUUCAAUCUACCCACCACCGUUCGAAAGUCUGCACUUCGCAAUUCCUCAGCCGAUGAUGGUGCCAAGGACGGAGAUUUUAGAGGGAGAACCUCCCCCACCUUACCCUGGCAUGUAGAAGAGACCUUUUCAUUUUAAAUCGUUUUUUAAUGAUGCAGGAAGUGGUUAUACCUUGCAAUGACUGUUAGCGACCAGCUCUGGGAAGUGAUCAUCCAGCGGGUUGUAAUUAAUUGAUUUAGUCCAGAAAAACAACAUUAAUUUUAUGACGAUGGAUUCCAAAGUUGUAUCCCAAGUAGUUGACUACUCAAACUUGACCGACGGCUGAGCUAUUUUUGAAUAUUCCAUCUAUAAACUUUCAUGAACAAACGAGAACUAGGAACUUUGUUAAAAAUCAGUUUUACUUAAAGAAAUACAACUUUAGAAAGUAAAUGCCAGUUUAAUUAAAUGUAAAUGUAAGUUUAAUUAAUGAUAAUCGACGGAUUUUGCGAAGGUACUUGCAUCCUUAGCUUGUUACGUGAUAACUGCUGCUGCAUGUGACAAUUUAUGCAAAUAUUACUAGGGUGAACACGUCAACCGGUUUCGCCAAUGUUUUGCUACUGCUGUUGACAAGAACGCGUGACAGUGUUACGCUGAAGAUCCACGCUGCUAGACAGAACAAUCAACUGACAGAAAAAAAAUUGUGAUUAAUGCUUGAAUCAUUUGAUUGAACGAUUUCUGGAUAUAUUUUCAACCCUGAGUUAUUAUUACUCUUAGUCAAAAAUAUUUCCUUACAAUUACAAAUAGUAUCGUACUUGUUUCAACAUUAGAACUAAGAUUCUGAUGUCUACUUUUUAACUUAAGUUGCGGGACAUUAUUUAAUUCUGCAUUCAGUCGUAGAAUAUUCAAUUGUUGCUGUAGUGAAGAUUUGGAGUCAAUAGAUUUUUUCAGGGGGGAGGGGUAGUGUUGCAUAACCUGUAUCUCUGUAGUCGGUUAGAGCUUCAACACUGUGGAAAUAUAAGUAUACAAAGAAAAAAAUAUUAAAACUUACAAUGCAUCGCACUCGUUAAUUACAGCGUAUAUUUUUCGACAAAAGAAGGACAGUAAUAAAUAUUAAAAUAAAAGAACCUAUCCUCUUUCGGAUACCGCUUUGGUUUCAAAGCCAACUCCGUCGAUUCGCAACAUUCACUAACAUUCUAGAAAAUGUUUAGUCAAGGCUUUCUUUAUCUCACUCCUAAAGAAUGGUUCACUUUUGUUUUGAAUUGGAAACAACAAAUCACACUUAAUAAUUCAUGUGUGUGGCCAGCAAAUGAGUGUAACGGUGUUAUUGGGGACUUCUGCCCAAUCCGUGUCCAAGGUAAUUUAAACUUUGUGAUAAAAACACCAAAACAAAGCAGUUAAUAGCACAACAGUUGCCUAACAUUCGGGUAAUUAAUUCGGUUUUCUGUAUUUUCAUUAUUAUUGGAUAAAUUCCCAAGAAACUUCAGUGGGGAGUAACACAGAAACUUUUUUUCUGUCAGUAUAUUUUAAAAGGAAAAUUUAGUUAUUGUUUGAAAAAUGAAGACCUGUUUUUAUGUCUUUAUAGGUAAGUGAGAUCUACGUUUGCUUGAAAUCAUGAAAGUAUUCAUGUAAAGGCAAGCUGGAUCGUUCGGUUGUUUUAAGCAAUUAUCUUUUUCCUUCCACACAUCCAUCCGUCGCAAGUUAUUACUUUCCACUUUCAAUCACAUUUCUUGCUUCAUUGAGGGAUAAUGGGGAAACGGAGGCAUGUGAUGACCGUUUAAAAAGCUUGAUCCUAUUUUUUUCGCAGGAAAAGAUCUGUCUGAUACCACGAUCUUUACGUUUAAAAUCCCUACUUUAGCAAGGAAGAUGAGUUAGCUCAGUAUUCAUAAACAUAAAGAAAAAAUAAACUCUUAAAUGAAAAUAAUUCAGUUUAUGUUCAGAAAAAGAUUAAUGUCAUUCGACUAAGUGAAGAUCAUAACAAUAUUUGUAUCAGAACUUAAGAAGAUAUUGUAGUUUAUGCUUUAUAUGCUUUCCUUCACAGUCUUGCUGUCUCUCCUUCAGAAGGUGGAAGGUAAUUUAGCCACAGUGUAAAAAGAUUUUCAGCUCAAGGUUUUCUUUACCUGGUUCAAAUUUUUAUGCAAUUAUAUAUGACGCUUAGAUCAAGACCAAACCAAAACGAGACUACGAUAAAAAAAGUUUAGGACAUAGACAAUUAAAAUAACUCUCGCAGACAUGAGUGAGACAAGUAAAGACGGAUAGACAGACAGAAAGACAAACAGAAAGAAGGACAGACAGACAGACAGACACACAGACACAGAAAGACAGACAGACAAAAAGACGGACAGACAGAGGAACAAGGAGUACGAAAAUGUUAUAUAUUUUUAUCGCAACUGAUGACAUCAAUUAAUUUUUGAAACGAGAGUAUAUAACAUACAAAACUUCAGCAAGAUGUUAAUUUCUUUCUUUUCGUUGCUGGCUGACUACUUAAGACAGAUGAAGAUCUUAAUACUUACUAGAUUUAUCAAAAAUUUCAAGUUGACACUCUGUUCUUCAAUUUUCAGCGUUCAACGCCAGUUCAUUCAUUGGCUUCUUUUUUCUCGCGGUUUUCGUCGUUGGUGGGCUGAUCUUCUUAGUCUUGUGCUGCAAAGAUCGCAAAUAUAUUUUUGGCGGCCAGCGGCAAGAGCAUACAACAGCAAUGACAGUUAACAUACCCAGCAUGCAACACUCUGCCAGAGCAUCUCGCGAACACUACCCAGGAUUCGUUUCGACCACUUUCCCAGGACGCACCGCGCCGCUACAGGUGCAUAUUGAAACAUCAUAUUUGUCAUACAUUGGGGAACCUCCCCCACCAUAUCCAGGCAAUGACAGAGGAUAUGCAACUGAUAACAGCUUCCCAAUUGCUCGCGAUGACAAUGGCAUUGACAAUUACGGAACUGGCAUCGGCAUUGAUGCCAGUGGCAUUGAUAUUACAUACAAUAACUCUGAAGAUAAUGUAAGCAGCACUGAAAAUUAUGCUAAUGACACUGAGUAUGAUGGCAGUGACAUCAACAGUCCUGGUACUGGUCUCCACAAUGACGGCAAUGACGUUGAGAAUGAUUGCACCCAAAAUGGUAACAGCAUCGGAAAUAAUAAUGGCAAUAGCCAAACUGAAAAUGAAGGCGACGGUACCGGUAAUGAUACUAAUGAAAGUCGUAUUUCUUGCAAUGGCUUUGACAGCGAUGUCAGCAAUUGCAAUGUUAUUGACACAGGUAGUGGGGAAAUCGGCACUCAAUCAGCAAUCAAUGAUGGCGAAGGCAAUGAAAAUAACGGAAGUGUAAUGGAUAAUAGUGCAAACGGCAUUAGAAACGAUACCAGUGAUAUCAACAUUCCAUGUACCAGCGUCGACAAUAAUGCAACUAAUUCCAGAUUCGUGGUAGUGCAUUGA